AUGAAGUGGUAUCAAGUUUUACCGGUUGUCGCUUGCAUAGCCGACGAGGCCUAUGCAUUCCCUUCUUAUCUUCAAGGCGCCGUCGACCAUGUCACGGCUGCUAGGCUCUCCAGCGUAGUGGAUGAAGCCGUCCGCUCAACCCACGAGAAGAGGCUGGUAUUGGAUACAGUCAACCAACCCAUCGACGUAACCGGCAAACACGAGUUCCAACCCCCGAACUUCGACAAGGGCGACCAACGCGGGUCCUGCCCAGGACUCAACGCGUUAGCGAACCAUGGUUACAUUCAACGAAGCGGUGUCACGAGCUUGGUAGAGAUUGUCGGCGCUACCAACGAAGUCUUUGGAAUGGGUAUCGACAUCGCGACCGUCCUCGGAACCCUGAGCACAGUCUAUGUUGGCAACCCUUUGUCUCUCAAGCCUGGCUUCUCAAUUGGAGGCGCUCCCAAGGGCUCGAAUAAUAUUCUGGGUAACUUGGCUGGACUAUUGGGAAAGCCAAGAGGUCUGGAUGCCUCUCACAACGUCAUCGAGGGCGACGGAUCCAAUACCAGAAACGACCUUUACGUCACUGGAGAUCCUUCUACCAUGAAUCUGGAUCUGUUCCAGUCUUUCUAUGACAUGGCGUCUGAUGAAGGCACCUACGACUUCGACACUUUCACUGAACGGGCCAAGAAUCGGUUCCACGAGAGCAUCGCUACCAACCCUCAAUUCUACUAUGGACCCUUGACCGGCAUGGUUAUUCGCAAUGCUGCGUACUUCUUUACAUCCCGUAUGAUGUCUAACCAUACAAAGGGAAGCAACGAAGAUAUUAUGGACCGCGAAACAUUGAAAACCUUCUUCGCUGUCAAGGAGGAAGGUGGAAAGCUCACUUACAAGCGAGGAUGGGAGAGGAUUCCCAACAACUGGUACCGUCGAUCCGUCGACUAUGGCUUCGCGUCAGCGAUCGCGGACGUCGUCAAACUGAUUACCGCCUAUCCAGAGCUCUCAAGCAUCGGCGGUAACGCUGGAGAGGUCAACACCUACGCCAGCGUCGAUAUCAGCAACAUCACCGGCGGAGUCAUGAAUAUCCCUGACCUCCUCAAGGGCAACAAUCUCUUGUGUUUCGCUUUUGAGGCUGUCAAGACAGCUAGUCCCAACGCUCUUUCUAGUCUAUUCGCCAUCGUCGCAACCCCUCUGAAGCUUGUCACAGAUACUCUCGAUACUGCUCUCUUGGAUCUGGUGUCAUGCCCUACCUUCAAGGAACUUACUGUAGGUGGAACAAGCUUUACCAAGGGAUUGCAGAAGAAGUUCCCUGGUGCAAAGACUCAUGGUCUUUAA